GCGGUCUCACGUGACCCACUGGCUCCGACUGCUACCAGUUCACAUGACGAGACAUGGCUUAUUCUUCUGUGGGGCUGUGUGAUGUUUGUGACCGACAUUUAACCGCGCUGACUGAUUGUUUAUACCAGCAGGACGUGCUUUAGGAAUACUAAAUAACUCCUUCCUGGAUCUUCAGACAGCAGAGGAACGUAAAGAAGAAGAAGAACAACAACAACAACAGUGACGCCUCAGUUUUAGCUAACUGUCCGUUAAGUCAAGUGCCGUUCGCCGCGUAGACCCACCUGCGCCUGCAGCGCCGAAAACAUACUACCUCCCUGGGCUUUUAUUCGUCUAACACAGGCACAAUCAAAAGAAGAAAACUCUCUGUGAGGAUGAAAGGCUAUCAGGCUGUGGCCGCGCUCAUCAUCGCCUGGUUUGCGCUAAUAGGUUGCAUUCAGGCUGUUACUCUUGAGGUGAAUGGGGGGAACUCCACCUGCAUUAAGGCGGAGCUCUCUGCAUCGUUCUCCAUCACGUACAACACCUCCAGCAGCACAAGAACAGUGCAGGUGUCUCUGCCCGACUCCAGCACGGUCGAUACAGGCAGCAGCUCAUGUGGCACAGACGACAGCGCACCGUGGCUUGUGGCCGUGUUCGGACCCGGCCACGCGCUGGGGCUGAGCUUUUCAAGAAAUGGAAGUCUGUACAGUGUCACUAAUCUGACGCUGCAGUACAACCUCAGCGACACUUCAAACUUCCCGGAAGCUAACAGCUCCGAUGUGGUCACUGUGGUGUCGGAUUCAGUCGGGAUCUGGGCGACGAUCAACACCACGUACCGCUGCGUAAGCCCCUCCACUUUUGCACUUGGUGGAGCAACUGUCACUUUCUCUGAUAUGAGGCUGGAGGCGUACAUGUCAGGAAAUGACCUGAGUCCAACAGAAAGCGUUUGUAUGGCAGAUCAGGCUACCACUUCAGCUCCACCUACCACUGCCGGAACUACGACAACCGCAGCUCCAGCACCAACCCCUCCAGGAACACCUGAACGUGGGCGCUAUUUUGUAAACAACAGCAACGGCACUGUAUGUCUCCUGGCGCAAAUGGGACUGCAGCUCAACGUCUCCUAUUUCUCUCUAUCGCAGAAUAAGACUAUCCAAGAAUUGGUAAACCUGACUCCCAAUCUGACAACUUCAUCAGGCUCAUGUGAAGCCAGCAGUGCUUCCUUGGUUUUGACACAGGAGCGAAUCACCAUGCUCAACUUCACCUUCACUCUGAAUUCUACGAGCAAGAAGUACCACCUGAGUGGGAUAACUCUGCUUGCUAAUUUAUCCGAUGCCACCGCUCCCUUUUCAGCCAGUAACAGCAGUCUGGACUACCUGCGGAGUACGCAGGGCCGCUCCUACAUGUGCAUCGCAGAGCAAACUCUGGCUGUGGUGCCAACCUUCUCUCUCAACACAUUCAGACUGCAGGUCCAACCUUUUGAAGUCACUACCGACCAGUUUGCCACAGCGGAGGAGUGUCAGAUGGACCAAGACCAGAUGCUCAUCCCCAUCAUUGUUGGAGCAGCUCUUGCCGGCCUUGUGCUGAUCGUCCUCAUUGCUUAUCUAAUAGGCAGGAAGAGGAGCCACGCUGGAUACCAGACCAUCUGAAUAGACCCUCCAUUUCAUUUGAACCUGACAGACUGAACGGUGGAGAAAUUAACCCGAGUGUGUGUGAGCGAGCUAGUAAUACUGUGGACACGAGCAUGAGUGAAUGGAAGCAGUUGUUACUCUGUGGCGAGAGUGCAUGUUUAUGCAUAUCCUAUGUGGCCUCUGGAUAUUUUUCUUUCACUUGCUCUGUGAGAUGACGAUGAUGAGAAGCCAAAGACCUGCUAGCUUUUAGAUGGUGUGCAUCUUAAUAAAGCCCGAGAGGACCGAGUCUUCUCUAAAACAAUGAUGUAGGCCGUUUAAAUUUGCUGUGGCAAGUUCAUCGUCAGCUGUUUACUCUUGUCCCAUUAAGUUCUAGGAAUUGGUUGAAUUUGCUCAAACUGCUUUUUUUUAGCCAUGUAUUUAUUUAUAAAACAUCAUUUAAUAUCCCAUACAAUUACAGAGGAUUUUGUGUGCAGUUAAAAAAAAGUUAGUAGGAAUUGUAUUCUUACGCCUACACGUGCUUUUCUUUUCCCUUUUUUUUUUAUGAACCUUACGAGCUAAAGAUAAUCCUACUCCAAGAAAAGGGAAAGCUCUUUUCAAUCGUUUUCCAAUCAUAUUCCUCCACAGUGGAGACUGUCCCAAUAGUGCACGCAGGCAGUUUAAAUCAGCUUAAUAAACACAGUCUGGUAAUUGUGACGAUAAAAAGGUGGAGAGCUGCUUUAUGUAAACAGUGUGUUGUGGUCCGGCUAUACACAGUGCCACUCUGCGUUACUAAAAUGUAUUUAACAUUACAAGUGAACAGGUGCAUGGCUUCAUUUUCCACUCUUCCUUUUCCCGCCCAACUCUUUAAAGAAAUGUCAAUAUGAAUCGUAGUGAUUUGAUCUAUUUUUUUUUAUAGAAAAUGGUUUGAUCAUGUUUUCUAUUAUGCAUCUUAAUGAAAGUUAAUAAAAAUCUUAAGUCCUG